AUGGCGCGGUUGAGUGGCGGUGCGCUCGUGGCGGCGAUGCUGCUCGCCGCCCUCGUGCCUGGCAGUCGCUGCGCUUCCGCGCAAAAGAGCAACCUCUUAGGCGAGGUGAUGGGGGAGUUGGCAGCGGAGUGGGCCAACAGCAAGCUAGCGUCGCUGACAUGCCAGACCGCCCCGGACGUGCUCCUGUGCAACGACCAGGGCCAAGUGGUCUCCAUGCAGCUGGACGGAGUAGUGAAUCCAUUGACGGGCGGGGGGGAUACGGUUCGGCUCCCCACCAUACCUGCGCAAAUCGGCAACCUCACCACCCUCACCUACCUGAGCAUGGCAAGCAAUUUUCUCGCGGGCACUGUGCCAGAGUCAUUCAGCAACCUCGUUCAGCUGCAGUUACUGGACCUGAGCGCCAACGUGAUAAGGAAGCCCAUCGAUGCCAUCAUGACCCUCACUGCUCUCACCUUCCUGAACGUGAGCUACAACGACAUCAGGGCACCACUGUCGCCAGGCAUAGCCAACCUGCAACAACUAGUAACCCUGGACACUUCGGGCAACAGCUUGACAGAGGUGCACGGCCUCUCCACCCUCACCAACCUGCAAUCCCUGGUCAUUCAGGAGUGCGACAUAGGCCCUGCGUCUCUAACGAUCUUCGCCCCAUUGAAAGCCUUACAGGACUUGGUCCUGUACAACAACUCGUUUGAAGGCUCUCUUAGUGCCCUCUCAACACUCAAUAGCCUACAGCACCUUAACUUGGCCUACAACAACGUAGGACCAGACGUACCAACCUCCUUAUCCCGCCUCUCCAAGCUCUCCUACCUCGACCUUUCAUCUACUCUCCUGAGUGGCCCUAUCGAGCCGCUCACAACCCUCCCUGCACUGAAAGGCCUGUUCUUAUUCAACACCGCUGCCUCAGGCUCUUUUCCUGCGUCCAUCUCACGCCUUUCUCACCUCACCAUGCUGGUGAUCAGCAGGACCAACAUCACAGGCACCCUUCCUGCGUCCCUGGGCCAGAUGCGCAGUCUCUCCCACUUUUACCUGGAUUACACAACAAUGGUGGGGUCCAUUCCAGCAUCCCUGGGUAACCUCACUGGCCUUCAGGAUAUCUCGUUCCAGCCCAUCAGCAACACGGUGGGGCCUAGGUGCGGCAAGGGGGGGGCGUGCGUGGUGAAUCAGACUGCAGAGUCCGCCUUCUGCAACUCCUGCCUGGACUUCUGCAUCUCCUGCUCGCCGCCGGGCCUCUGUGCUGGCUGCAAAG